AUGGCACAUACAGCGAUAUCCCCUGCUGAGCCCAGGUCUGGGGAGGGCUAUGGCAUUCAAAUAGCAUACCGUACAUUAUCAAUUCGCGUUGAAGAGAAACAGAUAGCCUCUAAAUCCCCGCAAGACCCAGCUGACGCAAUUUCAAGCAUAGACGCUCAUCUACUGAGUGUCGACGAAGUGUAUACCCGGUAUUCCAGUCAUCCUACAGUCGGUUUGGAGCUUGCCGCUGUUCGUCGCAGGGAGCGUGAUGGCAAGAAUAUCAUCAGUCCUCCUCCUACCGUCUACUGGAAGAAAUUGCUCAAUUACGUCUUUGGUGGCUUCAACUUUCUCAUGUGGAUCGCGUUCAUCUUGACUAUCAUCUCCUACCAACCCCUCGGGCCUCCUACGGCUUUCGUUCUUGGUGUUGCUGUGCUGUUGCUUCUCGUCAUCAUCGUUUCUGCCACGUUCUAUGCCUUGGUCGAUUGGAACGCGAGCAGAAUCAUGAAGUCAAUAAAAUCUCUGAUUGCACAUGAGGCUGCGGUCAUUAGGGACGGAAACCAGCAGAUAAUCCCAGCUGCUGACAUGGUAGUCGGCGAUGUUGCCGUGCUCAACGCUGGCGACCGUGUCCCGGCUGACAUGCGCGUCGUGCAGGCAUCGUCGGAUCUUCGCUUUGAUCGCUCUCUCCUGACGGGCGAAAGCGAAAUGGUACCAGGAGCUCUUGCUGCAACAUCCGACAACGCUCUGGAGACUCGUAACCUCGCGCUGACUUCCACUUUUGUCGUACAAGGAACUUGCCAUGGUGUCGUGUUUGCCACUGGCGAUAGGACCGUCAUGGGACGCCUCGUCAAGAUGUCGGGAGAAACGAAGUUUAAGCUCACCACUAUUCAAAGAGAGGUGUGGUUUUUCACAAAAAUUAUCUCAUGUCUCGCACUCUUUUUCUUCUGCUUGUCGCUUCUUCCUAUACGGCGUUUGGUUACGGACGACGUAUCCUGGAUACGACACCACGUCUUCUGCCAUCGUGAAUUCGAUUGGUUGCUUGACCGCUUUCGUUCCGCAAGUAGGUGGCCGGCAGUGAAUUUCUGCAUUCCCUUCUUAUUUGACAUCUUGCAGGGCCUCCCGAUUUGCGUGGCACUUUCGUUGACUGUUGUCGCACGUCGCAUGGCUAAACGUCAGGUGCUGGUCAAGAAUCUGGCGACAAUCGAGACGUUAGGAUGCAUGUCUGUGCUAUGUUCUGACAAGACAGGCACGCUGACUGCGGGAAAGAUGAUGGUAGAGAAUAUCGCCUUCCUGGAUGACGUAUUCGGCGUCGAGGAAAUUAACGAUCGGGUCACGAAGGCCUCAAACCCUGCCGUUUUUUCUGCGUUCAAGGUGCUCCAUCAGAUCGCGAGGCUUUGCAACGGCGCGAAAUUCGACGCAACGACCAACCACCUUCCGGUGCAGGAACGUACGAUCAAGGGCGAUCCAACCGACACCGCUCUUUUGCGUUUCUCCGAGGCCCUUUCAAUACCGGAGCUUGAUGUAGAUUCGAGUACUCUUCAGACAGAGUAUGAGAAGAAGUUCGAGAUCCCCUUCAAUUCCCGCAAUAAAUGGAUGCUUUCCGUGGUCUCGAAUGUCAACACUUCUGAAAAGGACGUAGAAUCGACAUGGAUGUUCGUCAAGGGGGCUCCUGAUGUUUUGUUCCCUUCCUGCGGCAGUGUACUACAGAGUGAUGGGACGGUCAUCACGUUAACAAGUAGGGCGAGGCAGAUGUUCACCACGCUUCAGGAGGAUUGGUCAAGCCGAGGUCAACGAGUACUUGUGCUAUGUAGGAAACCCAUAGAACCAAUCAAGACUGGACUCGCACCGAAUGACGUGGAAGACCUCAUGUACACGGAGAUGUGCGAUUUAACCUUGGUUGGUCUAGUUGGAAUUUGCGAUCCUCCUCGUCCGGAUGUAUCGCCGUCGAUUUCUAUCAUUCGACGAGCUGGAGUCCGAGUCUUUAUGGUCACUGGUGAUUUCAAGCUCACUGCUCUAGCUAUUGCGCGCCAGGUCGGUAUCAUUACCCAGCAUGUUGUUGACACUAUCCAAGAUGUCCGAACCGCUGCAUCCGAGAAGGACUCGCCUAAAGAUCCUCACCUUAUCAAGCCCUCCGAUGAUGACCCUAUCCGCUCUUUGGUACUUACAGGAGAAGACGUCACAUCUCUCACCUCGUUUGAUUGGAACGUCGUCGUCGGGACCUACACAGAGAUCGUAUUUGCGCGCACUACCCCUGACCAGAAAAUGCGAAUCGUGGAGGAAAUCAAAGCUCGCGGAGACAAUACGGUCGCAGUUACCGGAGAUGGUGUCAAUGACGCACCAGCACUCAAAGCCGCGGAUAUUGGCGUCGCGAUGGGUAGUGGCAGUGAUGUAGCCAAGGAAGCUGCGGCCUUGAUCUUGUUGAAGAACGACUUUGCUUCGAUCCCGGUCGCGAUUGAGAUGGGUCGACUAGUCUUUGAUAACCUGAAGAAAGUCACAUUGUACCUCAUGCCUGCUGGAAGUUAUUCGGAAUUCAUGGCGGUCCUCGCAAACGUUUUGCUAGGCAUGCAGAUUCCCAUGAACUCCUAUCAACAAGUUUGCUAUUGCAUCACCAACGAUGUUAUCAUGUCGAUCUCGUUGAUGUAUGAGCAGCCGGAGUCGGACUUGAUGCAGCGCAAACCACGCAAUGCCAGGACCGAUAGGCUCACGGAUUGGCGCCUUUUCUUCCAUGUCUACUUGUUCUACGGACUGAUGCUGUGGCCCUGCGCGAUGGCGAUGUGGUUCUUGUACAUGCGCCAACAGGGCCUUGGUUUCCACGACGUUAUCUUGACUUUCAGCCAAUGGCAGGAUGGCUGGCAAGGUUACAGCAUCGAUCAAUUAACCCAUUUCGUCGCUGUUGGUCAAUGCAUUUACUACGUGACGGUGGCUAUCGGACAGUACGGGACUCUUCUGUCGGUUCGCAACCGCCGAGUAUCGAUCCUGCAGUCGAAUCCUCUCUGGGGCCCGCGUCGCAACCUGCUAGUACUUGUCGGCAUGACGGGCACGGUAUUGAUCUGCAUCGUGAACCUUUAUGGACCUGGCUUCCAGCGGGUGUUUGGCACGACGCCUAUUCCUGGGAUGUUCUGGGUUCUUCCGUUUACCUUUGCGUUGGGAAUCUUGCUCAUGGACGAGUCUCGCAAAGCCAUUGCGAGGAAUUACCCGAAGUCUUUCAUUGCGUGGCUGGCAUGGUGA